UUUAUCUUUUUCCACAAAGAAACCACAUUUCAUUGACUUCUCAAUUCGUAGCUAAACAACUCUUUCUCUCCUUCCCUCCCACAUCAACCCCAACAAACUCAGUUUUCUCCCUCCAUUUUUUGUUCUUCAUAUUUAUAUGCUAAUUAAUCACUUCCUUAAUUAGGUUUGUUAAUUGAAUCAGACAAGGAGUGGUGGCAGUAGUCAAGAUCGUUCAGCUUGAGGGAUAAAUUACGUGACUGACCCGCCAGUACAUCAAAUAUCGUAAUUUCUUGAUGUAAUUUCAAUGCCUUUUAACUUAUCAUUAAUUUCAUUUUCGACUCUUUGAAAGGUCAAACAGAGUGAUAGCAGCAAGAACGAAGGGAAAAUGGACGGUGAAGAUCGAGUUAUAAGACGACGAAAGAGUUUAACAGAACGGCUAGGAUUAAAAGGAAUCGGAUGUUGUGGGUCCAGAUGGGGUAUAUUGCCAGCAACAUUAAAUGUAAUGGGCGAUGAAGACGACGUAGAAGAAGUGAUGAGUCAUCAUAUAAUUCAUACACCGUCCGAAAUAGUCUCUACUACUACUAGUAUAGCAUGCUUGGGUCAUAUUCCGGGAGGAAGUUCCGGGAUGAAUUUGGCGGCCGCGUUGGCCGCCGAACGUCACUUUCGAGAGGAAGCUAUAGAGCAAGGUUUGGACAAUGCAAUUGGCAAUAACCCGAGUCCACGGCCCGGCUCGAGCCCGUUGAGGCCCGAUAUUGACGGGCCGAGGACGGUACCCGGGACACCAGCAAGGAUGUCGUUGAUGAGAUUGUUAGAAGAAACGGAAAUAUACGAAGGAGAAUUAAUGGAGAAAGAAGAAGGGGUAGGGGGUGAAACUAUUUGUUGUGUGUGUAUGCAGAGGAAAAAGGGAGCAGCAUUCAUACCGUGUGGUCACACAUUUUGCAGGGUGUGUUCAAGAGAGCUUUGGGUAAAUCGAGGUUGUUGUCCCCUUUGUAACAGAUCCAUUCUUGAAAUUCUCGACAUUUACUGAGGUAAAAAAAAGAAUCCAAGGUUUUGGUCAUGGGGAUUUGUUAAAAGUAAAGAAUUUAAAUCAAAUUGAGGAUGUGAAAUUGCUCAAGACCGGGUGAAAUUCGCUAAAUAUGAGUUGGGCGCUUUAAUUAUUCCGCCGUAGAUACAAAAAAAAAAAAAAAAAAAAAAAAAAAAAAAGAGCGGGAUGAGAAUUUGAUUUGCAGUGAAAAAUUAAAGUUUCUAGUCUUUGUCGUGUGAUUAUAUGGAUUAUUGGUGUAAUUUUUCCCUUUUUUAAAGUUUGUAAAUAAGCCAAAAGAACUUUUUUAAAGAAAAGAUUUUGGACUUAUGUAGAUGAACAACUAUACUUGUACAAUGUUAGUUCUAGUCAUUCUAUAUCCAAAUCCAAGUUGACCAA